UCUGCCUAAGGGAAACUCGUAAGUUACAUUCAGGGAAUAUUUGGCGAAAUAUUACUGCAAACGUAUCGAUUCCGAACUCGAUCACACGAGAAGGAGGAAAACGAAGCUUCCAUUUUCACAUCCGAUCGCCCUAGUUGGACUUUUAAACGGGAAAAGGUGCGAAGGACCGCAAAGAUGAAUCCUCAGCAGCGGAUUGCCGCUAUUGGAACGGAUAAGGAAUUGAGCGAUCUGCUGGAUUUUAGCGCGAUGUUUUCUCCACCUGUAACCAGUGGGAAAAACCGGCCUACUACUCUGGGAAGCAGUCAGUUCAGUGCUUCAGGCAUGGACGAGAGGGCGAGCCAGGUGACGUGGGCCGCAGGUGGCCAGGCCAGUCCCUCCUACGAGUCCUCCAGGGACUUCGCAGACAGCCCUCAUUAUGGUGAUCAGCUGAGUGACAGUCGAUUAGUGCCCCAUGAAGGAUUGUCCCCGACACCUUUUAUGAACUCCAGCAUCAUGGGUAAAUCAGAGAGAGCUCCGUUCUCAGCGUACGGGAGGGAACCCGGAGUGUCGGGCUGCCAGUCCGCUCUCCGUUCGGACAUCGGACUGGCGAGCCCCGGGCCCGUUCCCGCGGGGGGGAAGUCCGCCGCCCCCUUCUUCUCCUUCUCCAGCACCAACCCGAGGAGACGUCCCCUCCAGGACCCAGCUCCCCUCGAUGCUUUACAGACGAAGAAAGUGCGCAAGGUCCCUCCUGGAUUACCUUCAUCUGUUUAUGCACCAUCUCCAAAUUCGGACGACUACAACAGAGACUCUCCCACGUACCCAUCUUCCAAGCCUCCAGGCACGAUGUUUGCAAGCCCUUUUUUCGAUGGGACCCACAAUUCUUCCGACCCCUGGAACUCCUCCAAUGGGAUCAGCCAGCCCGGCUACGGGGGAAUGCUGGGAGGAUCGUCAUCUCACAUGUCACAGUCAGGAAACUACGGCAACCUGCACUCGCACGACCGCCUGAGUUACCCUCCGCACUCGGUCUCCCCGACAGACAUCAACGCCAGUCUUCCUCCCAUGUCCAGCUUCCAUCGCAGCAACACCAGCAGCUCGCCCUUCGUCACAGCGUCACACACCCCGCCCGUCAACACCGCAGAGAGCAUCAUGGGAGCAGGGAACCGGGGCAAUGCCACUGGAAGCUCGCAAACUGGAGAUGCACUUGGGAAGGCCCUGGCUUCUAUUUAUUCACCUGACCACACCAGCAGUAGUUUUCCAUCCAAUCCCUCGACGCCUGUAGGAUCUCCGUCGUCCCUCACGGGCGCAGCUGGCACGGCGGGGACAGCAGGUACCAACCAGUGGUCCCGAGCAGCCGGACAGACGCCCUCCUCCCCCAGCUACGAGAACUCCCUGCACUCACUGAAAUAUCGAGUUCACCAACAGCUCCAUGAGCAUCUGCAAGAUGCCAUGUCCUUCUUAAAGGAUGUCUGCGAGUCUCGGAUGGAGGACCGUCUGGACAGGCUGGACGAUGCCAUCCAUGUCCUGCGGAACCACGCUGUAGGCUCCACUGCCAGUCUGCCCAGCGACAUACACAACCUUCUGGGACAGGCGCACAACGGGCCAAUCGCAGCCAUCGGAGCAAACUUCCCCGCAGCUGGAUUGGUUGCCAGCCGGACAGCAUCCAUGGGUGGGGCUCAGCGGGAUGAAGCCAGCGGUCUCAACAGCAAUCACGCAGGACUGCCCAGCUCCGGGCCCGCUGCGAGCACAGACCUGAACCACCAGGGAGACGGCUUCAGAGGACUGGCAGGAGGGCUGUCUGGUCAUGUGUCUGCUGGCCUGGAGCUGAAGGUGGAGAGUCAGGAGAAGGACGACAUGCUCGAGAACCACUCCUCCGACGAUCUCAAAUCUGAUGACGAGAGUGACAGGAAGGACAUCAAGACACCCAGAGGAGGGACCCGCACAAGCAGCAUUAACGAGGACGAGGACCUGAACCCGGAGCAGAAGGCGGAGCGCGAGCGCGAGCGGAGGAUGGCCAACAACGCGCGCGAGCGUCUGCGCGUGCGCGACAUCAACGAGGCUUUCAAGGAGCUGGGCCGCAUGUGUCAGCUGCACCUGAAGAGCGAGAAGCCGCAGACCAAGCUGCUCAUCCUGCACCAGGCCGUGGCCGUCAUCCUCAGCCUAGAGCAGCAAGUCAGAGAGAGGAACCUGAACCCCAAAGCAGCCUGCCUUAAGAGGAGGGAAGAGGAGAAGGUGUCUGCCGUGUCGGCGGAUCCCCAGCAAGGGCACCCCGCCGUCCACCCCGGCCUCACCGACACAUCCAACCCCAUGGGCCACCUCUGAGGAGCGCCCAGAUGAAAUCGAUCCAGAUCAACUCUGUAUGAUACGAGAGGGAGUGACCUUGCUUCCCAAGGCAGACGGGACUCACAAUUAGUGACACAAAUUUGAAAAGUCAAACCACUUGAAGCAAAAAUCCAGAAAUCCAGAAAAAAAAGCAAUCUUGAGAUUGAGGAUGAAAAAAAAAAAAAACCUGGCAAGGCUUCCAGCUCCCUGUGAAGACGCCCGACCCAGACGGGCGAAAUCUCUGCCCACGAGCAAACUUCAGCACAUAUCGUUCCGUUCACAAGCAGCACGUCGCGCCCAAACAAUCAGACUGUGGCGAUCUCCUCCGCUGUCCACGUUGGAAGUUGACUUGUGCCUAAACUAAAUUGACGAAUGCAUUGUAACCACAGUUGUUUUCUUUUUUAAUUUUAUUUAUUAUGUUACUGAGAUAUAACGUAACUCCACGUCUAAAGGGAAAGUGAUGACAUUGUUUUUUUGUUUUUUUUUUUUUUCUUUUUGAGAAGAUUGUGAGGUUUCGGUCGAUCUACAGUUUGCCCGGGGGCCCUCAGUGUCACCAUUUGAGCCCUGGCCCCCUCCGCAGCCAAUACUGAGCUGACCUCAGCUCAUCUGUUUAGGGGCUGUUGGUGUUAGAAAAUUAAAUUUAAUAUAUUCAGCAGUUUAGGUUGAGGCUCGUACCCAUCCUGACUAGUGGCAGUUUGUGUUUAAAGAUCCAAGCAUCCCAUUGUUAAAAAAAAAUAAUAUAUGAUAUAUAGAUAUUUAUAUUUUAUCCAUUCCACAGAUAGCAGCAUGUUUAACCAAAACGACCCUCCCGUGAAUAUGUGCGGUUUUCCGGGAGUUAGACCAAUACAGGCAAGCGGAGAAACGUUGGGACGCCGCGCAGCAGCACGGCUGAGGAGAGGCAAACUGUAGCUUUCCUGAACGUCCGAUCUGUUCGUUCUCAUCUCUACGCCGUUCAAACACAGAGAGCAAAACGCAGACAAACCUUUGAAAACCCUUAGCAUUCCUCACAUACAUAUUAGUGUCUUAACCGAAUGAGAAAAAGGGUUCUCUGUCCUUUUAUGAUUUUGCCAUAUAGUGUUAACUGUAAAAAAAAGACAUAUUCCUUGAUAUUGCAGUUUGUUUUUUGUAUGUUACGUUUUGGACUCUGGUUACUUGUGCAGCGGCGGUAACGGCCUCGGCGCCGCUGACCCAGAGCUGUGCUGUCAGAGGUUGGUUCGAGAGGAAACAGGAUCUGAAACGACGACCAUGUAACAUCACCUGGCCUGAAUGAAAGUGUUGCUUUAUUUCCUUUCUGUCUAAAAAAAAGGCGAAAAAAACAUACAAAGUUACAUUAUUCAAAGUAACCAACAAGUUAUUUGUUUUAUUUGUAAUUAUAUACAAAUCAUUUUUUCUAGGCUUCAUAAUAAAGCUUGUAAUGUCAAGAGUGAAUUAGCAGGAUGUUCUAAGUUAUUUAGAAUGGCUUUGUUUUUUUUUUCUUCCAAGCAGCAAAGUACUUGAUACAGUUACUUAUAGUAAGUAAAGGGUAACCUGUAUUUGAGCAGAGGCGCUUCACUAACAAAAGGGGUGAGGGGUCAGAACCAGUCAUCUAGAGGUUCCCUCCAACAGGUAGAGAAACGAUAGACAAGAGCAGUUUUGAGCUUCUUUUUUUUUUCUUUGAAGAUGAAGAGCAGUGGUCACCACUUACUUUUUAAUUUUGUGUUGCGUGUGUAUGCUGUAUUCCUUUCAUUUUUUUCCCUGUUCUUUUGGUCUUAAAGCUGUUGCUUUAUAUUCCAUUAAUUUUUCAUGUCUGUUGUCUUCCAUUGUUACUAACCCUAAAAACAAGGCUACUACAUCCAGGACUAUUAUCCUUCAAAUUUGCAAGAAAUUAAACAAAAAAGGUUGCCAUAUUAAAAUACACUAAAUUAUACAGUCAGUGGACUUCUUUCCCAUGGCCGAAUUUCCUUAUAGUGAUAUUUUGUGGAAUUUUUUCCCCUCGUCAGAAACAUUUAUUGUUGGUUUUCAUCUGAGUAUAUAUGUGGCCUUGUUCUUCAUUUCAGUAUUUAUGGGCUUAAAAAUGUUGCUGGAAGAAUGUGAUUGAAGCUAUGUGUCACUGCCUGGAGUAUCAUUGUUUUUUUUUUUUUUGUUUUUUUUUUGUCUUUUUUCCUCCUUUCAUGUGUAUGUCCUCAGUCUGUCUCUUCGCUCCUCUGUUGGCUAUGUUAGACUUUGCCGUACACCCAGAAGCUUUC